AUGACUACUACUAAUUAUCCUCAUGAUAAUCAAUAUUCCAAUUUAAGUCCUGAUAAUUCUUGUGGUGAUACCAAAAGUGCAUCAUCAAAACCUGUGAGAAGAAGAUCAAGAGCUUCCAAGAAAACACCUACUACUCUUGUCAAUGCUAGCAUAUCGAAUUUUCGAGCUGUUGUACAACAAUAUACUGGUUGUCACACUUGUCCAAUCAACAACCAAAAGGGUCCAAUUAACUUAAGUUUUGGAUCACAACAAAAUUCAUCAAUAGUAGGGGAUGCUUCAAAAUAUGGAUAUUAUUAUAAUAAUAGCCAAGACAUGAAUGGUACUACUACUACUCAUGCAGGUUAUAGUAAUUCUGGAUCAAAUAGGUUUGGUGUUGAAGAUUAUGGAUGUGAUUAA